AACGAACAUGACAAUAAAUACGAAACCAUUUUCUCUAAAUUUUGUCCCAAACAAAAAAGUCUCAGAAACUUAUCAUUAGCACAAUGGAUCAUGGUAACAUGCAUAACAUGCCACCACCAUCACCACCACCACCAUCAUCAUCAUCAUCAUCAUCAUCAUCGAUGGCGAAUCAUACCAAUUCAGACAUGAUCGUGAUGCAUAUGACCUUCUUCUGGGGCAAGAACACGGAGAUUCUCUUCUCCGGCUGGCCCGGGACAAGUUCCCGCAUGUACGCUCUAUGUCUCAUCGUUGUCUUCCUCCUCGCUGUAAUCACCGAGUGGCUAGCCUAUUCAUCGAUCCUUCGUGGCCGUGGAUCCACCAGCCGCGCCGCAGGGCUCGCUCAGACCGCCGUGUACACACUCAAGACAGGCCUCGCGUAUCUCGUGAUGCUCGCGGUUAUGUCCUUUAACGGCGGUGUUUUCAUUGUCGCUAUCGCAGGAUUCGCCGUUGGUUUCAUGUUCUUUGGAAGUACUGCUUUCAAGAACCCCUCUGAUGACGAGAAACCCUUCGAAGUUCUCUAGCCGUCGUCAGGCUGCGUUUGCCGAACCAGAACAACUAUGAUCACUUUUUAUUUUACUUGGAAAGAACAUUUCGUUUGUGUGUAUUUUGCGUUGCUUUGAAUUUUGAUAAUUUGUGACUAGAAUUUGGAAUUUAAUGAAGAAUAUGGCCAUUU